AUGGCGGACAGACUCACGCAGCUCCAGGACGCCGUAAACUCGCUUGCAGAUCAGUUUUGUAACGCCAUCGGGGUCCUGCAGCAGUGCGCCCCUCCAGCCUCCUUUAAUAACAUCCAGACUGCCAUUAACAAGGAUCAACCUGCCAAUCCCACUGAGGAAUAUGCCCAGCUGUUUGCAGCCCUCAUCGCCAGAACUGCUAAGGAUGUGGAUGUAUUAAUCGACUCUUUGCCAAGCGAGGAAUCCACAGCCGCUCUACAGGCUGCCAGUUUGCGACAGCUGGAGGAGGAGAACCAUGAUGCUGCCGCUCGUCUGGAGGAGGUGGUGUACCGAGGAGACGUUCUACUAGAGAAAAUCCAGAGCGCUUUAGCCGACAUCGCACAGUCUCAGCUCCGGACCCGAAAUGCCACAUCUACACAGGCCUCACCCAUCGAGUCCUGA